AUGGGACGGAGCUGCUACACUUCAGCUGGAGCUUAUGUAUUGAAGCAGAGGUGUCAGUUCAGACAGCAGCAGGAGUACCAAAAAGCCUAUUCCGAAAGCCGUCUUUCAAUCCCUGUGCCCCAAAAGAGGGCUAGUUUCAAGGGUGCGCACCUAGUAGCUGCGAGCCUAAGAUCAAAGGCAGUUCCAAAAACAAGUUCCCUAUUUCCUGAUAAAGUCUCAGUUAAGGAAUCGCCAUCACCAGUGGAAGUUGAACCCGGCGACCUCCUCCUCCUGAAGUAUGGGAAGAAAAACCAGUCAACCACAGGGAAGGAAGGACAAGAAGGAGGCUCAAGUUUCUUGCCUCUUGCUCAAUCCAGUAGCGAGGUUUCAACGAGUUCUUUGUACGCGGCCAGUGCCGAUAGCCUCUUCCCAAAGCCGGAAGAAAGUAUUUACAAGCAUCAGCGAGCAAGCCAGGCAGAAAGCCCCUGUUCCCCAUGGAAAGGUUCGAUAGCCACUUCAAAGAUAGAGUAA